UUUAAGGAACAUUGUCGUCUUCAAAUACCAUUCCACCUUUCUUACGAGAAGAUCGAUUAAACCCCAUGAUUCUUGGAACCCUAGUCGCCUACGUCUCUGUAGAAACUCCAAAUCUAUACCCAUCGACAUUGUAUGGACAAAUUCAAUUUUAAGGAAAAAUCGCUUAAGAACCCUAGUUAUUCAGAUUUUGGGAGUUCUUAUCUACGUAAGAUCAACCCUUUUCAAUGGCGACGACGGAAGCUGCCAAAUUCAAAAAUACCGACCUAUUAGCCGUCGCACAACCACCAGAUUACCACCGGCAGGUUGCUGUUUUGCCAUCCCACGAUGGCCUGCACUUCUGGCAGUUCAUGGUCGCCGGUUCCAUCGCCGGCAUGGUCGAACACAUGUCCAUGUUUCCAAUCGACACUAUUAAAACUCGUAUGCAAGUAUUAGGCUCUUGCCCCAUCAAAUCCGUGGGGAUCCGACAAGCUUUCGGCUCGAUUAUCAAGUCCGAUGGUGCUGCCGGGUUUUACCGUGGAAUCGGCGCUAUGGGACUCGGCGCCGGUCCGGCACACGCUGUCUACUUCUCCGUUUACGAGUUGUGUAAAGAAACCUUUUCCAGAAACCACCCAAACAACCCGAUGGGUCACGCCGCGGCAGGGGUUUUUGCGACGGUUGCAAGUGAUGCGGUGUUUACUCCGAUGGAUAUGGUGAAGCAGAGGUUGCAGUUGGGGAGUGGGAGUCCGUAUAAAGGGGUUUUCGAUUGUGUGAAGAUGGUUUUGAAAGAGGAAGGAUUUAGGGCGUUUUAUGCAUCGUAUAAGACGACGGUUUUGAUGAAUGCACCGUUCACGGCGGUGCACUUUGCCACGUAUGAGGCGGCGAAGAGUGGGCUGUUGGGGAUUUCGCCGGAUAUUGCCAGUGACGAACGGUUGGUGAUUCAUGCCACUGCCGGCGCCGCCGCAGGGGCUGCCGCUGCUGCUUUGACUACUCCACUUGAUGUGGUGAAGACUCAAUUGCAGUGUCAGGGUGUCUGUGGAUGCGAUAGAUAUGUAAAUGAGUCGAUUGGGGGCGUUUUGGGAACAAUUGUUAGAAAAGAUGGGUAUAUUGGACUUUUUAGGGGAUGGAUGCCUAGGAUGCUUUUCCAUGCUCCCGCUGCCGCCAUUUGUUGGUCAAUUUAUGAAUCCGGAAAAUCGUUUUUCCUAGACUUAAAUAAUGGAAAUAUAGACAACAGAUUGAUGUAAUCAGAUUGGACACAGGUUUGGUCCAUAGUAGUCCAAUCUGAUUACAUCAUAGGCUGGUCUAAUAUCUUAGACGGGGCCAAUCUAAAAAAGUAUAUUGACAUUUGACAUUUAAUUUCCCAUUUGUUGUAUCCUAAAAAUGGCCCCUUAAGAUUGUGACUAAAACCACUUGCAAAGAGAGAUCUAAUUAUCCAAGGGCAGAAAGGUAAAUUGAGGCUUGGCUCGGUUCUCUAGUGUACAUUAUCCUUAAUUUAUUGGUUUUAACAUAUUCAUUUAUGUGGGAGGGCCCAAAUAAUGUUGAUUAUUGUUUUUGGUUUUUGAAGUUUUGCUUAUUAACAUGUACCGAAUUCUGUUGGGUUUUUACUGAUC